GUUUUUAGUCCUCAAUAUGUGCUUUUUUUGAGUACCAAGCUUAUUAUGUAAUUUUGGAUUUUGUUGAACAUGAACUACUUUUCGUUUUUGAAUGAAUUUGGUAAACAAUCGAUAAGUAUAGUAACACUAGCAAUAGAUUGUCAGCCCGCUGCAGGCGCGAAUGUUUUUCAAGAUAAACCAUCAUUUCUACCUUCUAAUUCCCUUUUUUUUUGAGUUUCCUAUGUUUGAGCACACAUAAGAGAACGUAUUUAUGCAAAAAUAUAACAAGUUUUGAAAAAGUCAAAAAAUCGUCAUUUUGGACUUAUGAUCCCUUGAAGAAAUCUUCAAUUCUUCCUAAAGGCUCGUAACCCCACUCAUCUCACCGAGUUGCACACGCUUUCAGCCAUACUCAAAGCAAUUGAUGAUUGUCCACUCUCCUCCUCAUGGGAUAAUAUAGCCCUCAGCUUGUCUGUUUGUCUAUAAAUGCCUUUUGUUGACUUAUGUCAAGUUGAUCAUACAGUCUUCGACAUUCUCGACAAUGCUACUAAAAAAACUUCUUACUUUCUGCAGGUUGACCCUAAUUCAGGACUUCUCCGCUUCAAAACAUGUAAAGAAUGCAGCAGUCCAGGCUUACUAUCUCGGAUUUUCAAGGUCUACAAAGAUGGUAAACUACUGUUUCUGCCCUUCAUGUAAGACCUUAUGACUCAAUUAACUGACCCUUGCCACCCAGUAUCUUAAUAGUCGUAUCUACAACGGUCUGUCUUCAAUGAAUGUUCAGUUUUCGAUC